CAGUGUCAAAAUAAAACAAAUGACUAUAAAUUCACAACUAGCAGGACUUCAUACACAAAAAAGGAUAAAAUCUCUCAUUGCAGAAAAAAAAAUGGUGGCUUCUAAACUGGUGUUUGCACUCAUCUUCUCACUCUUCUUGGUUUCUCAGGUUUCAUCUGAUUCAAAGAAGGAUGAAGAGUCCAGCCAUAUCAGCCAAGCAUUACAUGUUUUCAGCAGAGGAGACGGAAACCUAAUGCGUGCUGUGCAAGACAUCUCGAAGUAUUUCAAAGGUCGGCAAGGCCUCACCCUCAGCCCGGCUCCGGCUCCAGCCCCAAACCCUAGCCACGGGAUCGACUGCAGCGGGCUGUGCAAGAAGCGGUGCAGCCUCCACUCAAGGCAAAAUACAUGCUUGAGGGCAUGUGGAACUUGUUGUGCUAGGUGCAAAUGUGUGCCCCCAGGGACUUUUGGCAAUAGGGAAAUGUGUGGAACAUGUUACACUAAUAUGACCACCCAUAGAAAUCAAAGCAAGUGCCCAUAAUCAAUUAAUAUGGGUCCCAUUUUGCAGCUGGAUCUUUUAUGUGUUUCAUUGUACUGUUACACUAUUAAGUUAUGUUAUGUGGGACUAAUUUGUUUGGUUUCAAUAAUUUAUUGCUAUUAUUAUUAUUAUUAUUAUUAUUGUAUUUGUGCGUAUGUAUC